CCGCAACUAUUAUCACAAGCAAGCAACGUGCCAGCCAAACUUGAAUCGCUUCAGAACGAUUCAGAAGCGAGCGUGAGAUCAAAACGAAUCAAGCUACAAUCAGGCACUUUCAAUCUAGUAUCAAGUUCGGUUUUACGUUCUUCGAUUUUCAACCUGAAAGAAUUGCUAGAAUGGCCAUAUCAUCGAGUGGUUUCAAUUCGGAUUUUGUGGCGGUUUUUUUGAGUGAAUUACUUGGAACGGCAUUGCUUGUGUUCUUGGGAUGUUCGAGCUGCCUCAAUUGGACCGGAACUGCGGACACUCUUCAAAUUGUGCUGAGCUUUGGCUUUGCCGUUCUGAUAUGUGUACAAAUCUUCGGGGCAGUUUCUGGGGCACAUAUAAAUCCGAGUGUCACUGUUGCUGCACUGGUUUACAAACUCAUCGAUUUUAAGACGGCUUGCGCCUAUGUGGUUGCUCAGUGCUUGGGCGCAUUCAUGGGCCAUGGCUUGCUUGUCACUCUAACACCAAAAGAUAUCCUCGAGAAUACUGGUGCAUCGUUUUGUGUUACCAAACCGCAUUCGUCUGUGGCAUUACCACAGGCAUUCGCCAUCGAAUUCCUUGCAACAGCCGCACUUAUUUGGUUCUGCUGCGGUGUCUGGGAUCCAAGAAAUGCCAAAUCUCAAGACAGUGUACCACUUCGUUUUGGAUUAGCCGUUGCUGGGCUCGCUUCAGCCACUUGUCAUUUCACUGGCGGUUCAUUCAACCCCGCUCGCAGUUUGGGCCCCGCAAUCUGGAAUGGUGAUUUUGAUUUUCAUUGGCUGUAUUGGGUGGCUCCAUUGUCAGGUGCUUUGGUUGCAUCGGUGAUAUACCGGUACGUGUUCUAUCGUCAGGUGAUCGAAGCCGAGAGCCAAGACUAUAGUUACCGAUUGGAUAAUCUGGGCGAAGCCAACGAUAAAGUCUAAGUCAAUGGAAAUUUACUCAACGAGAAUCCAGCCUACUUGCAACCACAAACAAAAUUCAAAUAAAAAAAUCAGUCGAUAAUUUAUGUUAAACUCUAGGGGGAUUUAACUACGUGAAAACUUGUAAAAAAUGAUAUAAACGCGCACGAAAUUGUUACAUUCACCAGAGAACUUGCAUGAUUCCACUCAGUUGACAAGUUCCGUAUUAAAACAACAUGCGCGAACGCGCGCGAGUUCGUGUGCAAACUUGUAGCUGGACGACGCGCACACAUCAGUCGUUCCAUUUAUUAUAUCUGGAUUAACUUUUCUUCAACACUUUCUCCAGCUCUUUAAAAAUAUUUCCUUUGUCCAUUUUAUAAUUAUAUAAAUCUUUGAACUUUUGGAAAGGAUGUGAAAAAUCUUUAUACACGUAAACAACCGAUUUUUAGCUUGAAACGCGUUUUAAUUGUCAAAUAACAACUUGAAAAACGCGCAAAACCAUAAACAAACUUGUGUAAACUUGUGACCGUGCGCGUCAGUACGUACAAGGAACGCGUCGAACUCCCGCGAAUCAAGCAAACUGGCAAAAAACAUGCUGAACUCGUAAGAGUUAAAUUCCCCUAGGUUAAACUAUAAUAGUUGAGAUUUUCCAUUCGCUAAAUUAAACGAACGCAAUUUGAAUUGAAAGAGAUGUUAAA